GGACGAAAUAAUUAUUUUCCCUUUAUAUUUCUAGUCUGGUUUCUGCAUAUAAAAGGAUUGACAAACCCAAAACCCUAAUUCUUCUUCAGAACCCGCCUUGGAUCCUCGGUCACUGCUACUGCCAGUCGUCUAGAGGUGAUGGCUCCAAAUACCGGCCUCUUUGUGGGAUUGAACAAAGGUCACAUAGUAACCAAGAAAGAAUUAGCUCCUCGUCCUUCUAACCGCAAAGGGAAAACAAGCAAACGGGUUCACUUUGUGAGAAAUUUGAUAAGGGAAGUUGCUGGUUUUGCACCAUAUGAGAAGCGGAUCACUGAACUUCUGAAAGUUGGGAAGGAUAAGCGGGCCUUGAAGGUGGCUAAAAGAAAGUUGGGGACUCACAAGAGGGCCAAGAAGAAGAGAGAGGAGAUGUCCAGUGUUGUCCGCAAGAUGAGGGGUGCUGGAGGUGGUGAAAAGAAGAAGUGAGCAGACCUCAAUGAUUUUAGACAGACAGAUCUCAAUCUGUCUGUUAGACAUUAUAAUAGCUAGAGGCGACUUCCAUGUUUUUUUAGACGUUUGAGAUUUUGAUCAGAACCUUGUUUUGUUUUAAUUAGAAGCAAAUGAUGUCCUUUUAGUUUCCCUUACAGUUUAUCAUGAAGUAUUACAUUUUUUUGACCAUUUAUUUUUGGAUAUGAUAUGGGCUUGAAAUUUAUUGCCUGAGCUGUUUGCAUGA